AGCGAUCAGAAGCUCCCCCUCCGCAGCGGCCCCGUCCCUUCAGCCCGGCACGGCGCCUCACGGCACCACGGCGGCAACCGACCGCUUCCCGCCCCGCGGACGCGCCGGGACGGCAGGCGGGCGGCAGGCGGGGCGUCGGUAGGGUUUGGGCUGGAAGACGUAAAUCCUUCCCAUUUGGGGAGGCCUCGCUGGUGCAGUGUGACUCUCGUGUGGCCGGGGUCUGAGCCUCUGUGUGGCUUGAGGCCGUGCAGUUACCUGAAGAUGGAAUUUACAAUUAAGCACACAUGGGAUGGUUUGCCUGUGAGCCACGAGCCAGUAACAAUUGUGCUGAAGUCGGGCAAUGCAGGACUGCUAAUGGAAGUUAAUGCUCCCUUCUUUAAUGAUCCUCCAGCACCACUUGGAGAGCCAGGGAAACCAUUUAGAAGGCUGUGGGACUAUGAGGUUGUAGAAGCAUUUUUCCUGAGUGACAGAACUGAACAGUAUUUAGAAGUUGAACUUUGUCCCCAUGGACAACACUUGUUGCUGCUGCUUUCUGGCAAAAGAAGAGUGUGGAAAGAAGAACUUCCUUUAGAGUUUGAGGUGACCAGAAUGAAAACCAAAUGGGAGGGUAAAGCUCAUCUUCCUUGGAAUUAUUUUCCACCAUGCACCAACAAGUUCAAUGCAUUUGCAAUUCAUGGCUCAGGAGAAGAGAGAAAAUAUGAAGCGCUUCAUCCUGUGCCUCACCAUGAGCUACAAGAGGGACAGAAACCGGAUUUUCAUCGCCUUGAAUUUUUCAAAGAUUUGAACCUGAAAGAACUAACGGGAGAAGAUUGGAAGCAGCCUGAAUCAGACAUAUGGAAGUCUCUCACUAAUUAAAUAGAUUGAGGCAUAAGUUUUUAUAGCAUUAAGGCUGGAUGAAGCUGUUUGGAAACAACUUUUUCAUUUUGAGCAGAGUUUGUAAAUAUCAAAUUAGUAAGGCUUUCCUUGACACCAAAAUCAUUGAUCAAUCUUAAAAUCAACUGUAAAGUAUCUGGGCCAGUUGAUUCUAAGUGUAUGAAGUACGCGACGGCUUGUGUUUCAGUUCAUCUGGGUAUGGAGUUUUUCAUCUGUGCAAUGAUGAAUCGGCUCCUACCAAUGAAGGGGAAAAAAUGUGCUAAAAUUACAGCUGUGUUUUCAUGAGAGCUCUAAGCCUGGCAAACCAGUAUAUGGCUUGGAAUCUUUCAGUUUCCUGCAGUUGCUGCAUUUCUACUCUAUUUUCACUGCUGCUAGUUUGUUUCUUGGCCGUUGAAUGAGAUUCUUACAUGCCUAAUGUUUUUGAUUGCCAUCAGGAGAAAGAAUGCCUCCUUCAGGAACAGAACUGGGUAUCUCUGACAUGGCAUUUUGUGGCCCAGUACUUGCAUUGUGAGGUGGUGUGGAGGUGUAUAACACUACCCUGUCCUAUACCUUCCUAUAUCUGGAGUUUUCCCUUGCACAGUGCCGAAGGGGGGACUUAAUCUGUAUUAAUUCAUUAGCAGACCUACCUGCCUCAAAUUCAGUGUGGAAUUUCUAGUGAUGUUUAGGUAGAGAGGGUAGAUUUACAAAGGUUUUAUGUAUUCUGGAAAAGCUUCUGGGAAAAGUAAUGUUUAGUAAAACCUUUUGAUGUAGUUGUGCUCCUACAAAAGCUUGUUUGUUCCAAUACCUUGGUCACAUCACCUUAAGGAUUCAGCUCAGACAUAUGAGAAUUUUGUUUGCGUGCCCCCUAACAUCAGAGAUACUCUAAUUGUAUGUGCCUACGUUUUCUACAUAUGGGCAUGAACAUUUUUAACAGUACGGAAUACUGUUAGAUGGUAACAUCUAAUCUGUAAAUUCUCACAGGAUUUACAAAUGAGAUGUUCCUUUUUGCCGAGCACCGUAAGUACUGCUUGAUUGUGGCUCCUGACUUGAUGCUGUAUAAGUUAACUUAGAAAAUGGGAAGCUUACCCAUGAACCAGAUCCUACAUUUGAAAAGUUAGGUGACUUUAAAAUCAGAUCUCUUUGGUUUAGUUCAGAAUGAGGAUUCAGACCAAGACAUGGUCCUUAGUCCUUUACUAGAAAGAGAACUGCCUGUGUCCUGUUGAAAUGUUGUUGUCACAGGGUAAAAGGGUUCUCUAAUUUUGUGAGAAGGAUUGUUUUGGGGGUCUGGGAGAAUAUGGCUCAGUUGUAACUGAGGGAGUAUCUUUCAGAAGUUAUGCCCUGGGGAUGUGGUGUUCCGUCUCAUCCUCUUGUGUAGCAUUUUUUACUGAACAGUUCAGAACCCUGCAAGUUCCUGGAACACCUGGACUGCCGUUCUUGUAGUCUUAACAUACUGCUCAAAGCAGGGUUAUUGGUGAAGAUAGAUGAGUUUGCGAAGGGCCUUGUCAAGUGUUGAAUAACUCCAGAGAUGGAGCUUCAAAUGCUCUGUUUCAAUAGUCAAGUUGUUCUGUUAUGAAAGCUUAUCAAAUUUCCCGUGCUGCAACUUGUGUCAAUUACCUUUUGUCCUUUCUCUGUGCAUCUUCAGGAAGAGUGACUUUUUAUGUAUAACUACUGAUUAGGUAACAGAAGAUAACUGUUAGCUCCUGGUGGACUUCUUUAAAUGUAGUCAUUCUCAGUUUGCCUUUUGUGACUGUCAUUAGUAAGCACCUUCCACUCAGAUAAUACUGACAGACAAUUUAAUAGUGUAGUUGGGUUGUAAGUCGGAGGCAGCAAUGCUCCCAGGCCUUCCUUGUUUAUUUAGCACAUACACGGUUCUAAAAAUUUUGUGUGUGGCUUUAGACGUGAAAAUGUCUGUAAAGUUUUGCACAAGAGUGCACUCUAACUCAUAUUACUGCAAGGAUUCUCUGUUCUCUUCUGAGCUUGUAUGCAGUAAUAACCACAGUCGGAUGGUCAUGUUUUCUUUGCUAUCUUUAAACUUAACUCUGCCUGUAAAUACUGCCUGAGAAGAAAAGAAGAUGGGAAUAUGCUGCCUUUGAAGAACGUCUUGGUGUGAUUAACAUCUGGGAUAGAAUGUUACUUCAGAGUUUUUGUUGGGCUUUAGUUUCUCUCUUUGUACUUUCAGUUUUAUAGAACUAUACUUUCAAGUUUAAGGAUAUUAGGCUUUUUCAGACGCAGACUUUGGCACGUCAGUGCACUCAGCCAUCCAAUUGUUUUUGCUAUCUUUUAAUUAGACACUAUAGAUUCCUUGCUAUAAAGUGCCAUCUGUUGAAAAUUAUAAGUAUUGUGCAUUCAGUUGUUUGGCUUCUUUUCUACCUUCAAUCCAUGUACAGUUUUCUAAAGAAUGGCAUCAGUCUGAAAUACUGAAAAAUCCAAUAACUGUUGAUUAAAAACAUCUUCUAGAUACUAACAUUUCAAAGCUGCUUUUUAAAUUUCAGUCAAAAAGCAAAAAACAUUCCACUAAACUUUUAUACUUCAUUUUAACACUUUGUCAAAAAAGUGCGUGCAAAGGUUCAGAAUUAGUUUACUGUUUUUCUCACAAAGGUUGCUUUCGUGUGAUGAAUGAUGUUUUGUAUGUAAAGGACAGUAAAUCAAAUUAUUCAGAGGCUUGAUCUCAUUCGUUCUCACUUCAAACUGACUACUUCAGACUUUAUUUUUGAUGCAAGUUAUAAACUUUGAGGGGAAUAGAUUACUUUCCCUAAAUAAGUAAUUUAAAGUAAAAUAAUUGCCUCUGCAGUACAAAUUGCAAUGCUAGAUGCUUCUGAAAAUGGGAAUCGUCAUACAGACUUUAUUCAAGGCACAUGCUGCUCCAUACUGUUGUCAUGUGGUUCACUUUUGUGUUUCUAAGCUUUAAGAGUCUAUUUGAACUGUAAAUGCUGGCUUUCAUCAGAAGAUUUCCAUAUGGGUUCAUGGAGUGCAGAGUUAGAACCUGUGCACUGACUUGUUUCUAAAGGUUUAAAAUUAAAUUAAUCCCUUGGUAGAAACUUAGUGUAGGAGGGUGCCUUUACCUAGGGCAUAUGCUGGAUGGAAACAUGGUGUCUUGGCCCAUAGUAGUGAAUUCAUGGCUCAUCAAGGGACAGUGCAGUGCCUGCCAGCAUCGUUUAAAGCUCCCAGGACUUUGCAGGGAUGGGUAUCAGUGUUCAUUGAGAUGACUAGCUAGUUCAUAGCUUUCUUGCUCUGCUCUGCCUUUUAAUCAGGCCUUGUUCUCCACUGUGGAGUCCAGCUGUAGCCUGUCUCUCCUCAGCUGCCUCUUUUUUAAGCACAUGCAAACACAAGGAAAAGACAAACUCUGUUCUGCAUGCAUUCCAUUUAAGUACGUGGUCAUUAAUUGUUAAUCCUGGUUUAGAAGGAAUGUGGUUCAAUCCAGUCUAGCUCAGUGUGUGUAUACAUGCACACAUAUAUAUAGGCAUUCAGCAUUCUGCUGUUUCCGUUUGUCAGACUUGUAUCAAGAAUAAUACAGAUAAAUUCUCUAAAUUGUCACACUGGAUAUACUUUAUGUAGGAUAUCAAUUUGGUAAAAUGCAGAGCUGCAUGAUAGAGAGCAUAGCUCAUGCAAGCACUCUAUCCGCACAUCCAUUUCACUUUGAAAUGGAUUUAAACACUUCAACCCUGUGAACACUUCUUAGCCAUUACUCUCUUAAAAAAAAAAAAUCAACCUGUCUUGUAAAUGUUUUCUGUGGAUAAUAUUUGGCCUUGUUCCAGUUAUAUGGUGACAUACUGAGUCUAAGAUGCAGGAAUUUUAUUACUUUGGAGAUAGUGGAAUUCCCACCAGGGAGGGCAGUGUUUGAUUUUGAUUUUUAUUUUUUUAUUAUUUUUCUUCAAAGCUCUGCAAAAACUUUAGGUGCCCUUAAGUGUGACGUGAAAAUGUCAAUCUCAUGGCAAUCUUUAAUUAUUUUACUAUAUUUAGCCAGAAUUCCCAAGGAAAUUAGGCUGUUGGGUUAUCACUCCCUUCUUGCCUUUCUGGCAACGUUGUUGUCACCUUUUGUCCUGCUACCACAACAAUUUUUAAAUCCAUUAGCCAAUUUCAGUAGUUGUAGUCCCCAAUACUUGAGGCAGUUGGUGCAUGCUUAACUUCAACUGUUGUACAUAAAGCCUCUUAGCUUUAGACUUUGAUUAGGAAACUAGGAAAUGUGUGGAACUUAAGGAAUACGAGGUGCUGUCACAGAGGUGAGCUAAGAUUUCAUAGACCUAUGCUCUAGUGUUAUCUUCAGGUAAGAAGCUUAGGAGACUGAGUAUAUGCAUAAGAUACAAAUGUGUGAGGAGCCAUGUUUUGUUAGUCCUGCUGCAAACAGGUACCAGACAUGGUAAAUAUCCAAGCAUAUUUUCAAUGCUUUUUUUUUUUGUUGGAAACGUGUGGAAAUAAUUUCCCUGGUUGUGUCCUUUUUCAGGAGAAGAUCCCACACAAAGCACAGGGGCUGGACUUUCCCAAGUUUAAUGCCAGGGUUAGCUGAAAACACAAGGAUGUAGUAUCAACUUGUCAUUGCCUCUGAAAAUACACUUCUAGUUUAAUCCAUUUUCUAAGCAGAAACUUCUAACUAGUUCUUACAUUCUGCUACAACCAUCCCCCUCUCUACAGGGCAAUAGAAUGGCCUGUCUUAAUUUAUACUAUUAUGGUAUUUGAUUUACUAAGUUUAAUUAAAUGCUGAGCAGUUUUGCUGUAAUGUUUUUUAACUUUUUUUUUUUUUCAAAUCUUCUUAGUAAACAUUUGAGCAGAUGAGGCAGAAUGCAGCUUUGGAUAGUUGCAACCUCUUACUUACAAGGUGAUCAGGCUGAAUAACUUGGAAAACAAAAAUACUGAGCUUCAUGAAUGAAAAAUAUACCUGUAAAGAGAAUUUAGGUUUGUUUCAACAAUUCGAUCUCGUAACUGCAUUUCUAAGGUCCUUGUGAUAGUCUUAUUUCUUGUGAAAUUGAACAUGAAAACCAGAAUUCUAUACAACUCAGUCUUCCUUAUAAUGUCAGUGAAUUUUUAUUGAGUUCGUGUUUGAGAACAUCUUAUGACUGCACUCCCAAAGACCUUGUUUUUUAUGCUUCUUGCCACUAGGUGGAAGAAGAAGGUUAUCAAAACUAUGCAUUGGUGCUACCAGCCUAGUUAUCCUUAACCAAAUCUAUUCCUUCUUACUAUAUCUCUGAUUUUAGAAAAAAGAUGUUUAAGUCAAGCUGAUGAGAGCUUAUUUUUGUUUUUUUGAGACAUCUUCUUCACAAGAAACACUAUGCCAUUCUUUGUAGUUCUAAGGUUUCUUUUCCUACAGUAGUAUUGCUAUAAUUUUGAUACAAAAUUAACAGAAGAUAAAUUGCAUGAGGUGUCAGCCUGUAAUAUAAAAGAUAGUGUUGAUACACAAAUGAUUUGAGUAUUUUUUUGGUUUGUGGUGGUUGUUGGGAUUUUGUGUGUUUGUCGUCUUAACAAAUGUCUUGGAGAGUCUUGGAAACUUUCCAAAAAGGUUAUAUUUAAUUCUGAAGGAUUUUUUUUUUUUUUAAUACAGCUGGUUUGUAAGAGAUGGUGUACCCCUUCAAGGGUGAGGUUUGAGUUGUGCAAACACUCUGGAGUGAGGCUUAGAGAAGAACGUGAACUCAUGUGAAAACUCUAGCUUAAGAGGGACAGAAAAUUGUUUUUCGAUACAAAAAUGCAAAAAGAAAGUUUUCUUCAAAGACAGCUUGAGUGGUAAUAUGUCCUACUGGCAGAAGUGGUUUGUGUCUUAAAUGCAAAGAUGGAGCACCUUAGACUGUCAGGUAUGGUAGGUGAUAAAAUCUAACACUGCAUGUAGUGGCAGUUUUUUAUGCAAAAGCUCUGACAGGGAGUAAAGUUUUGAUUAUGUCCUUGUAUACUUUCUAAUAAUUUUCUCUAAUAUGUCAGGUCAGAUGUUAGAGCUAGUAGAAUUGUAGAAUCAUAGAAUCAUUAAGGUUGGAAAAGACCUCUAGGAUCAUCAAGUCCAAACGUCACCCAACACCCCCAGGCCUCCUAAAACAUGGCCUGAAGUGUCACAUCUACACACCUUUUAAACACCUCCAGGGAUGGUGACUCAACCACCUCUCUGAGCAGCCUGUUCCAGUGCCUGACCACUCCUUCAGUAAAGAAAUGUUUCCUAAUAUCCCAUCUAAACGUCCCCUGAAGUAAGCUCUAACUUCAUGCUGGAUUAUAUAUGUUUUGUUUGCCAUGGCUGGCAUAGCUACUGUAUUAUCUGUUCUAGUUAAGUCAUUAGAAAUGCAAGUCAGUUAAUAUUUGUACUGCCCAGCAUUAUGAUGACACAGUACUGAUGAACUUGCUGUUAAGUGCUACGUUGCUUGCGAUUCCUUUUUCCCAGGCUGAGGUGUUUUGUGUCUCUGAAAGGCACAGCACAGAACGUUUGUUGUAUUUUAAAUUCUGACCAUGUAAAAUACUUCAAAAAUACCAACAGCACAGUGCAUAAUUGGCUGCACAUAAAAUUUAAAAUUAUUCUUUUGCACUGCCAAAGCCGUCUCUGAAGUGGACUUCAUUUCAUUUAAUUAGGGUACAUUUAUAAUAAUGCUAUUGAAGUUUGAUAGUUAACCUGCAUUUAUUUUAUUGAUUAUUCCUUCCUUUUGCUUUCAGUGAGAGCUUUAGUUUACUACAGUGUCUCUGAACAGUGCUUCAGCAAAAGUACCAGGAAGUGCUUUAAGCCUGAUUAUAGAACUCUUAUUUACACUGGUUGUAUAAACAGCUAUGCUCAUGCUCAUACAAAUAGUCCCAGUGAGAUCAAUGAACAGUUUAAACAUAAAGUGUGUCACAGUUAUGCCUUUUUCCAUCUUCUUGUCUAUCUGCUGAAAUUAGUAUUAUCAGGACAAUUCAGUUUGAGAAGCUAGUUCUAUCCGAGCAUACGACUCCACACUGCUUGUUUUCUUUCGUCUUGUUUAAAACAAGCAAAAGCCUUAGCUGUGGUGUCUGUGGGAGGGUUUUAAGUGAUGGUUCAGGAGGUGCUGUUUGUAUCUGCACUAGCUAUAAACAUACCAAAAUAUGUUUGUGAUUCAUUUUCAGAAAUAAUGCUUUAGACUACCACUGAGUAUGUGCGUAAAUACCCUCUGCCAGUUAUGCAGUUUAUUUGCAAAUAUAAAUGUAUUCUUACAUAUGUGUUAAACCAGAAUUAACUAAAUUGUGUUAAAAUAGCACUGAAAUAAAAUCUAAAUUACUGCACCUUUACUGCUGUUCUAAAACCAACCUAACCAGACUAGUUUAGUGGCUUUCUUGGAAUAUGCAACAGAUUCUUGAGGGGGCGGGGAGGAAUUUUCAGAUGUCAUCUUAAAAUACAGAAACCCCCUCUGUAGGACACGUUUUAGCCAGUUUAAUCUUGUCUUUCAUUUCAUGAGUUUGCUCCCUUGAACUCAGUCACUGCAGGCAAUGAAGUUUAUAUCUUGGUACUGGUAGUAGCUGUCAUAAAAUUAUUCAUCUCUUUAAUUCUAGGCAAUGUAAUUGGUUCACUUCCCUCUUACUGCUGAGUUUGCUUCCAUCAGCAAAUUAAACAUUUUGGAAACUGAUACUUUCUCAGUGCUUUAUAGCUUAUACAAGCCAUGGUAUUUAUAUUUAAUUGUGCCUGGCACUUUAAAUAAUUGUUUUUUGUUGUUAAAGUUGCAUAUUACUUUCCUAAAUGUUAACUGUGUGGUCUGUAACCUCUUAUGCCAGUUAUCUACUUAAAAUCUUUUUUUAAUUUCAGCAAAAUACUUAGCCAUUUCGGAGGAAGGUAGUUCAUGACGUCAGAAGACAAAAAAUGUGGUCUUGUACCUCUGUAAAUUCUUACGACUUUUAAAGUGAAAUCUUGAGACUUGGUGAGAGGUUCAUAUUGUUGUCAGGAGGAGUCUUUUGUAAUCUCUGUGAAACAGCUUUUCAGAAACUAUUCUGUAUGCCUUCAAAAGAGCUUUUUGCAUCUUGACAGGUCAAUUCUCUGAAGAUUCUGCAGGGAGUGGGAAACACUACUGGCAGGUAGAAUUGCCAGGCUUUAACUUGUUCAGUGCUGAGUGGUCUUUCUGCCUCCCAGUGACAGGUUGUGUGAUGGGGAAUUCUCUUUUCUUAUGAGCAUCUACUAGGUCUGUCUUCAGCCUGGAGAAGAAGUGGUUUGAGGAUGUGGUAGGGGACUAUAAGUUACUGUAUAGAGUUUGGUUGCAUGUAACAGCAAAGAGAAGCUGGAUGGGGGUUGACUUGUUCUAGUAUGAGGAGGAUGGACCAUCAUAUGGAGCUAGUGAGUGCCACGCUCAGAGCUGAGAAAGGUACUUUUCGUAACACUGUUCUCACCAUGUGUUUGAGAAGUUUCUGUGGGCUCUGUGGGAGACGGGGAAAGGUACUUCAAAGAAACAUAAAGCAGAGGUUUUUAAGUAUAUAAAAUAAGGUUAAAAAAAUCCACUCUGAAAAUAAUUGGAGGUUGGGAAUGGAGUAAGAUAAGCAUUGCUUUCUUUACUUCCUGUUCUUACUCUUCCUUAGGCAUCUACUUAUGGAUAAAGGCCACUAUGCUAGAUGGAUUCAUGGUCUGAAACACUAUCUGUUCUUAUAUCUGGAAACCCAACUGAAGGAAUUGUUUUCUAAUUCCAAGCAGUGGUUUCUCAUUACUUAUAAGUUAUGCUAGAACUGUGUGUUAAACUGAGGGGCAAUGCAGCUCUUCUUGCUCAUGUUCUCAAAAAAGUCUCAUGCUGAACCAAGGUACUCAGGAGUGGAAGAAGAAAGCUGCUAGAAUUCAGGAAAUUGGGAAGCUCAGUCUUAGCUUUUGUGGGCUGAGUGAACCAUGAAAUGAAGAGGGGAUGGGAAACGCAGGGUGGGACAUGGAGCUAUGAAGGGAGACUAAUUCUGGGAAAAGGAUGUAAAAUGUAAAAGCAGCUGGACAAGAAAACAAAAGGGGAUGGCUGGGAAUACAUUGUUGAAGAAGUAAGGGAAAGUAGGAGAGAGUAGACUUGGCCUCACAAAAAGUACAGGAGAGUCAAGGGAAAGAGCUUUGAGGGAAAAGCAGAUAUGGAGACAGGGCCAGGAAAUAAAAAAUUGGGAAAAGGUUUGGUGACUUCUACAGGAUAUUCUCUUUAGAUGCAGGAAUACUUUCACAUUUUAUUGCUGUUAGCAGAUCAUCAUGAAAGCCAAGUGCUAAAUCUGUCUUUUGUAGUCUGGUGGACCAUGAAGAACAUAACUAGCCUCUCAUUGCUAUUGCUUUUCACCUGUACUGGGGAUUUCAACCUCAUGAAUAAAAUCCUAGAGGUGGAAAGUGGGGCAGGAUGGGAUUACAUUUAGUGGUCAGUUGUGAAAAUUAGGUUUUGGUGACUUGGUAAACAUCACAUAAAAUUCUGUGUCAGAGGAAGAAAUACAAUUCCAUUUACCAGGAUAUCAUUCAAGUUGCCAAACUGUGAUUCCAUCCUUUUGGUCUGUUUUUUUUUUUUGGUUUGUUUGUUCUGAGUAUUCUUCUCAGCUUCUGCAAUAAACGGAGGAAUCAUGCUGGUAACAGAUUUAUUCCCUGCAUGCUUUCCCUCAUGUGAAAUGAGAAUACAGCAUAAAUGUGGUAGUUCAUAUGGUAUAUGUAUUUCAGUGUGGUGUAGGAUCAUAUAGGCAAGAAACUAAAUAUGAAAUAUAUAUAAGGCUGCAGAGUACUUGGUCAGUUCUGAACUCUUCUGUAGUUUACGCUACAGUGGCUUUUUAUGCUACUUUAUUAUUGUGUGAUGGAUCCAUUCAAUCACUUCUACAGGCUCUUUUGCCUUGAGGGCAAUAGGCAAAGUGAUACCAGUCUGUAUGUCACAAAUCACUGUUCAAACUAGUGUUAAUCAUGUUUUUCUUAUAUUGUUAAAUAGAUCUGGCUAUGCUAUUUGAAUUUUUAAAUUGUUGAUACUAUCCGUGGAGAGAAGAAGAGAGUCAAAUCUUCCUUUAAAGGA